CAUCUUGACUCUGUGUAGCUUUGUGAGUGAUCGGGUGAGGAUGUAUUGUGAUGCAGUCCGUUUAUGGCCGUCUUUUUAACGUUUUAUCCGUGUUGCGAGUGUGUAUAUUAUGCCAUUGAGUCUUUUAUCCAAGGGAAACGAGUAUUUAGUGCUUUCAUGAAAGUCCUGGUGAAGUGAGAAAACGUCGCUUUCGUUGUAAACACUUGAGAGUGUGAGUGAGGGCCCACCUGGAUUUUUUUUUACUAAGGGCGGAUUAUUUUCUCCUCCUUCUUCGACACCUUCUUCUCCCGGAACGAAGAUGGGCGCUAGAAGCAUACCCAGUGAUAAGAUCAACCUAAGGUUGAUAUUGGUCAGCGGCAAGACAAAAGAAUUCCUCUUCAGCCCAAGCGAGUCUGCGGGUGACAUCGCGCAGUUUGUUUUUGACAACUGGCCCCAAGAGUGGGCAGAUGAAAGCGUGAGCAAGGCCGAAAUUUUACGACUAAUCUACCAAGGCAGAUUUCUACAUGGAAACGUUACUCUAGGAGCCCUGGGACUCCCAGCGGGCAAGACAUGUGUGAUGCAUUUAGUACCCAGAGAAAAUCUUCCAGAACCAAAUUCUCAAGAUCAACGUCAGAAAAGCAAGGGUGGAACAUCGAGUUGUUGCUCGCCUUCCUGCAGUAUCCUGUAACAUUCUUGUGUAGAUGGUUACAGAAUACUGGCUCAAGUUACGAUCAUAUAUUACAUCCUCUGACGUGGUGCCCUAAACCCCAUGUCUUUAAACUGUAGCCUCUCAACUCCACCAUCAGUUUGUAUCAAGUCUGGCUUCCACGAAAAUUUGCCACAAUCUUCUGGUAGUUGUCUGGCUCUUCCUCGUUAGGGUAAAAAUAUUCACUGACCUUUUAAUUUCACUUGGACUUGAUGCUGAAAAAUAGUCCACCACUAGAAGCUAAUUAUUACAGUUGAAACCUAUAUAGUUAUUGGUAUUAUUUUUGAUACCAUGAAUGGUAUAUAUCUCAGUGAAAGUGGUGUGCUGUUGUGCUCAUGACACUGUCCAUAUUGUUACUACCGAGCCCAUAAAACAUCUGAAGUGAAGACUGCACCUUUUGUGCUGUAUUAAAUCGUGUAACAUAAUUGCAUUAAACCAAGUGCUAAAUAGCUCCCUCCAGCUUCCUUCUUAAUCCCCCAGAUACGUGUCCAUAAGUUCAAACUGUACUAUAGUCGGUCACAGUUGUGGGGAGCUGAAAUGGUGACUUUUCAUACCAAUACAUGAUUUGCUACGCUUUGAAGUGUGAAUGUUGUUAAGGAAGAUAUAGAAAAAUCAUUUCGAUUUCAAAGGGUUGGCCUAAGAACAUUACUCACCUUGAAUGGGUUAAUCUGUGAUGAAUUUCUUCCUUGUCUAUCUCUUAUACUAUAUAGGAGAUGAUAUGACUAAGGUUAACUGUUGUUUCAUCCAAGAUAAAAGUUCGUUAAUGUUAUUAAAAUAUAAAGGCGUUCUUGAAGAUUUUAAGUCAUACAAUAUUGGAAAGUCGGUGAAAUUUUUAUGAGAGUAGAGAGAGAAAGAGAGUUUCCAUGGAGCUUUCAGCCAGUAGCUGAUUGUAGUUUUGCAAGCACUGGUACAAUUCACAAUUGUAUAUAUAUAAAUAUAAGAAAAAAUUGUGAUAUCAGUAAUGUAGUUCACUCAUAUAUCUGUCCAAACUUUCUUUUCAAGGCAGUUGUUUACACCAAGUGUUGCUUUAUUUGUUUCUUACCCAUGUAUGGGUUGUAUAUUUUCACGGUGAUGCAGGGCAUGCUGCGGUUACCUGAGAAACAUCUUGUCGUGUGACUUCAUCCAUUUCCUUUAAUGGUAUUAUGAACUUGUAGUUCUAUAAUUAAAAACAAAACAAACCAAAAAAAAGCCUAUUGCAGUGUUUAGCUUAUUUCAUCCAAUGUGUAUUGCUGUAACAUAAUUUUAAUUUGGUAGUUCAUAAAGUUGAAUAUUUGUUGAUUAAUCCCCAAUUAUAUAACAUUUUAUAAUGAUGGGGAAUCUAGCCACAUAUAAGUUGGCUCUAGUGGUGCUUUGCCCAGCAUGCCUGCCUGUCCGUGUGAGCCAACACCUUAUCCCCUUGAAGUCCCAUUGGUGGCAGUAUCAAGAGUUGCCACUUGGUUUUGUAUUACAGUAAUAAUAUAAUAAAGCAUUGAGCAACGCUUAACAUAAUGACCUUCCAGCUCGGUCAGUUGGCCUGACUGAAGUAUCUUUUUUAUCUAGCCACAUAAUAGAUGCUAUGUCAUUUAUAACGUAGCGUAUGCUAACGUAAGGUCUAACUUCUGUAAUUUCAGUCAUGACAGCUGAACCUCUAUAAAUCUGAGUGAGGUCUAUGGAAACCUGUUAAUAUUUGUUGCCCAAACUUGAUCCUCACUUUAGAUCUGACAAGAUAAGUCAUAUGAUGACAGGAUCAUGAGAUUACCUCCAUCUGACAGCUCCGUUUUCAUUGUAAGAUGAGGAUAUGUGAGUGUUUGCAUGUUUCUUCUAUAGAAUAUAUAUAUACUUGGCAUUUAAUAAAUGUCUGUGCUAAAUAUCAUUUCAUCUCAUUCCAUUUCACAAACUCAUGAUAUGCUCAUAUUUCAUCAGCAUGUUUGGCUCUAUGUAAUGUUCCUCUCAAAAUUAUAUUCACACCGUCUCACACCCAAGUUAUCAGUAAUUCUGCUAAGUUCCCAGUUACAUUUGGACUGGAGAUAUUUACAAUCUAAUUUUAUUGUUAGUUUAGUUCAUGAUCAUAAAUAGCAUUGUACCUCAAGCAACAAUUUAUCCUCAGCCAUCAUUAGGGAGGCUAAUAUAGAGAAAUGGUAAUAUAAUGUAAUCACUUCAAGUCUUGCUUGCAAAUAUUUUUUUGGGGGGCGGGGGGUUUCAUCAUAGCCAUCAAUCUUAAAUCUAAAUAAGUAUAGGUUCUCAUCCUUAGGCUUAUUUUAGUACUCAUGUAUUUUUCUUGUGUAUGUCUGAGGAAAUCGUUAAGAAUUUAAAGAUAUUCUGUUUCUGAUAUUUUGGUACUGUUUUGAGAAACCUGUGCCUCAUAUUGAUUGCCAAGGUACUUUUUAUUUAUUUUUUUUUUUUAGUUUUUGAAUUGAGUUAAACUCCUUUAAGGUAAUGACCAGCCAUGAAAUAAUUUAAAAUAAAGGAAGUAGCCAACGUAGGGGAGGACCACUAUAUAACACGAGUUACCAUUUGCUGUUUACAUGAUUAUACAGUAGAUAUUUAACCUCACUUUGUGUAUAGGCAUGUUGUGAAUAGAGAUAACUAUGUUGAAUCUUAACUAUGUUUAUUGUAUAUAGCUACUGUUAUUGCAAAAGUAAAUCUUUUUUUCACUUUUUUUUAUUUUGUUAUCUAUUAAGAAAGUGGUACACAGCUCAUACAGCUUGUAAACCAUACAUACAAUCAAACUACUUUUUAUUGAAGAAUUUAUUUAAAGAUGUUUUAGUUAAGUAUUACCUCUGGCUUUGCUGUUUGAUUUCUUUCAUUUUUAAGGACAUUAUUUUCUUUGGUAAACUUACUGGUACUCUCACCAUGAAAGAUUUAUUUUACAUAUUAGCUACCAUGAAGACUCGCACACCUGCCUUUGGUGGUGUGUCAAGUAUUUUUGCUCACUCUUUUGUAAGAACACAAUAGAUCUUCUAAUUUUAUCAGUUUUUUACUUGUUAAAUUUGGUCAGAAUGAUUAAUAUAACAAAACCUUUUAGAAAUUAUUAACAUUUUUCCUUUUAAGAUAAUGUGUGUGAAACAUUGAUUAUCUACAUUUUUAUCAACUUAAAGUGUAUCAGUGCUGUCAUUGUUGUUAUACAGUAUAACAAAAAUUAUUCAUUGUCUUGAGUGACCAUAUGAAUAACUUAAACGAAGAGUACUUAUUAUUUGUAACUGUUCUUCCUCAUUGAAAGCAAAAAGAAGAAAAACUAUAAAUACAAAAACAGGUUAAGUGAAAUAUUUGUAAAUUGCUGUAGUGUUUGUAAUAGAUUUAUUGGUAAGGGCGAGGGAAGAUAUAUAAUUCAUUUUUAUUGCAAAAUGUUUGCAAAUUUCUCCUUUUAGUAAAAUUGGUUCAUUUGUAUCUCCAGAUGAUGGUAAUUGCCAUCUCAGGUUUUAGUCUCUUGAAGCUACUCAGUUUCUCGGAACUUUAUUUUCAUUUUUGUUUCAAUAGGAAUUCUCUGAUCUUAUACCAGUGAUGGUAAAGUAAGAUAAAGCCGCCAUAUCCUAAGAUUAAGGCUAAUAUUUCUAAAAAUGCACUAUUUGAAAUAUAUAUAUAUUUUUUGCAUUUUAAUGAACUCAGUCAUUGCCAGUAAUGUUGAUUACCAGGUGACAUCUACUUUAAUUCCAGAGUUUUCACUGUAAAAGACCUUCAGUUACAUGAAAGCAAAUGGAUACAUCCCUCAUAACCUUUCCAGUCUCGGCAUUUCAGAGUGAUGACGAUAACACUCAUGUUGUAUAGGCUCUUCCUUGAUACCCGUGCGUUAAAAUGCAACUGUUGGGGGAGGGGAGGGUAUUUCUUAUGAAUCAUUAGGAUUCUCUUGUAACUGACGGUAGAAUAAAUUGCCACUGGCAGAGUGUUUUUAUUUAAGCAUAGUUUUUACCCAUCAGAUCAGUCCUCAAUUUACUAGUGUAUUUGGAUUACUAAUAAGUCUUGUAGUCAUUGCUGUGGACUAGGGAAACUGUAGCUUUAAAAGUCCUUCCCUGUUAUUUCAUGUUGAACCUUUCAGCUUUCCUUGUGCUUAUUUCCUUCCCCUCUCCCUGAAAUGUUAUGUUUUGAGCGUUACCCUUCCACUGUUUAAGAAGAAAAUUACUCAGAACUUUAAAACAGCUGGUGUAAGUUGCACUGCCAGAGUUGUCCAGUCAUUAAUAUUUUAUUCAAGUCAACAUUCUUAAUAUACUAUUAUUUAACCAUCAUUACCAGUUGAAUAGUUUGGAAUCUUGUGUAGUAUUAUCUGGAACUAAUUUUAUUCCUUUUACUUCUUGAAUAAGGAAGUUUAAUUUUUUUAUUUCAACUUUCCAUUUCUACAAUGGUUUAGGUUUUUCUAAAAGAUACUGACCACUGGUUUUAGUCAGAUUUUAUAAAAAGAAAAGUAAAAGUUAAUGAUGAUUAUCCUUUAAAAGUUUUUGAUUUGCUUACUUUAUUUUGGCCAUCUAACACAUAGAUUGAUUGUACGGCAAUUACAAAAUCAAAUAUAUUGGAAGCAGUGUUUUUUCUUGUCUGAAGAUGCGAAGGCAGUAAUAAUAUACAUGUAUAUCUUUUCUGAAAUGAAGGUGUGUUGUAAGAACAAUUCUUAUGACAGUGAAAUGGACAGCAUAAAUGAACUUUGUUCCUUCUUGCCAGUCAAAGUGAAGUCUAGGUCGCAGAUUUUCUUGGUAAUGCGAGCAUUGUGUACCUAGCAUCCAUAUAUUUUAAAUUUGUAAAAAAUUAAUAUUGAGUAGUUGUAAGAUAUUUUAUCUGUUUAUAUACUUAAUUUUUUAACGAAUGGAAGAUGUGGAGUUUUAAGUGAUGGCUUGAGGUUAAACCCUGAGGGUUUUUUAAUCCUUGGUUUUAAAGAAAAAUAACCCCCAAUACAGUGGAACUCAAAUGUUUUAUUUUUUAUUUAAUUUUUGAUGAUUUAUUUUGUCCUUUUGUCAUUCCCAUUUUGUUUGUAUUCUGAAAUGUAUUCAUGGAAUCAAUGGAUGAAUAUUACAUUAGUAAUAUUAUUCCCUGUAUCAUAUUGUGAAUAUUUAAAUAAAGGACCAUUGUCCAAUUA